AUGUCUGCCGCGGAAUCCAUGUCCGCCGAUCGACUGCGCGCCAAUGGCGUAAUUUCCGCCCUCCCUGCAAUCUCCGUCUCCGGCGGCGCCGCCGCGGUUUCCGCCGCAAAUGACGGCGCCGGCGUCGCCAUUGCCGUCGGCGGCCGGUCCAGAAGCCUGUCCGUCUCCCCUGCCGGCAGUCCGUCAGCCGCCACUGCCGCCGCAACAGCCGCCGCGGGAACCGGCUUCACAGCUAAAAGCAACCUUGCAGCCAAGGCGAGCUUAACUCCUAGCCCCGGGAAGAGCCGGGGGGGAGUGACAGGCGGGGGGGAAGGAAUGGGGGGGAGAAGAGAGCGUGGGGGAAUGCAGGGGGUGGCGGAAGGGGUUGGGGGGAGGGGGGAGAGAGGGGGAAGUGUAAAUGUAUUGAGAGGGGAAGGGGACACGUCAUUACUACGAGUGCUGAUGCCAGGCAAUGGGGGAGCCAGUGGGGGAAGCAGGGGGGAAGGGGGAAGGGGAACGGUUGGCCUGGGGGAAGCAGAGUCGGCUGCAGCUGCUGCGUUGAUGGGGCGAGGGGGGGAGGAGGGGAGAGGGAGUGCGGAAGGGGAAAGCAACGGCGGGGGAAGUGAUGGGAGGGAUGGCGGGGAAGGGGAAGGAGCGAAAUUUCAGCCAUUAGCAGAAGGGGAAGGUCCGACUACUAGGAACGAGCCAGGGGGAGGGGGAAGGGGAGGAGGGGGAGAGGGAGGCGAGGGGGAAAGGGGAGGUGAGGGGGAAGGGGAGGCGCAGCAUGGGGGGAGGAAGGGGGGAGACGAGUGGGUGCUGCGGCCUGAUGAGAAGUUCAUGUGGUUCGCCAGUCAUGGCGGAUUUGGUCUCCUAAAUCGAACGCUCAUCAUCCCGCCCAAGCUCUCGCACUUUGCCAAGUCGUCUGGCAUCGGCCCCUGCGACCUCUUUCCGUCCUCUUUCCCCCCGUUCCACUUCUUUCAGGUGAUUCAACUUGUGUGGGGCCUUCGCCUAGCGGGUCUCCUGAACAGAACGCUCAUCAUCCCCCCCAAGCUCUCGCACUUUGCCAAGUCGUCUGGCAUUGGUCGGUGCGACCGCAACCCCACCAAGCCGGACCGGACGCGGCAUGACGCGUGGGGGCACUACUCUGACAUGAUGCGCGGGGGGAAGGGCUAUGUGUCCAUGGCUGAUGUGCUCGAUUUCAAGACUCUGCCGCCCGCUUUCAUCCGCACCAUCGAUCUGCGGCACUUUGCCGCCCGGUUCUGCCACUGUGACGUGGCGCCUGCCUGCUACGGUGGCGCGUGUCGGCAGCUGACUCACGGGCGGCACCACGACCCCCACUCACGUAAGGAUGACAAGUGCAUGUGGGAGUGCGGGGCAAAGCUAGGGGCGCAGGGAGGGGCAAGUAAGAAAUGGAGGAAGGAGGGGGUGUUGUAUCCGAUUGACAACACGUGCAAGGACACUCUCUGGACCGUUGGCAAUUAUGCAAGUCUCAAGGACCUGGUAGCAGCAGUGGGGGAGAAAGAACCAGGAGUGCCGGCCUUCGCCCACAUCAACGUGAAGCACAACCGCAACGAGCCCGUGCCUCUCAAUGUCUUCUCCACUCUGGGGGACUCGUCGCCUGCCAAGGACAGCAAGGUGUUGGCCUUCCCAUCGCUCUUCCAUCCUCGCAUAGCAGACAUAAACCUGGAGUGGGACGACCGUGUGCAAGCGAUCAGAGAGGCCCCUGUGUCAAUGCCCUUCACGCCCCCCAUAAUGGAUCUGGCUCGGGAUUUCAUAUACAACAGCAUAGGCAGACCCUUCGGCUGCAUGCAAGUGCGGGGCACGGAUGGCAUGUUCGUCAAGGCGCUAAAAAACACUCUCAAGGAUGCGGAGGCGACGCUAAAAGAGAUGCUUAAGCGCAACCCGAAAGCCCACGCCCCUCCCCUCAAGUUCCCGCUCUUCCUGAUGACCGACAUUCCCAAGGCCUCGUGGAAAGGAACCUUCCUCGAGCACCUCGGGGAAUUUCCUGUUGAGCUUUUCACUGUAGACGGGAUUAUGGAUAGGGUAAAUGCCGCAGCGCGGACGAUUCUAACAGAGGAGAUUGGGCUGUAUGCUAACAGGGGACAGUCGUACCUGACUGGUAACGGGGUAGCUAAUAUGGGGGAUGGAACUCAUGCUGGUGGUGGUGGUGGUGGGGGGGGGGGGGAAGGAGGCAUGCAGAUUGGACCCCAGACUCCUGUGAGACAAAGAAGGCUCAGACUGGCAGCGGCCGAGAAAAGGGAAGUUGAGAGAUCUGCACACAGGCUAGAGGGUGGGAGAAGGUUAGAGGAACAGGAGGAUCAGACAGGAAGGCGCAGACUAGCAGAGAGGGGAGGGGAGGAGGGGGAAAAGAGAGCAGAAGAGCUUGAGGAUAUAGUGUUGUUUGUAGAGCAGGGCACGCAGAGCACAAGGCGCAAGCUAGCAGCGAGCAAAGAGGAGGAGGAGGGGGAAAAAAGAGCGGAAGAGCUUGAGGAUAUAGUGUUGUUCGUCGAACAAGCCAUUUGCUGCCAUGCGACUCUGGGCACAUUCACCACGCUCAAGUCCACUGCUGGCAGCCUUGUGCACGCUCUGAGGAGGGCAGGGAACUGUGUGGUGGAGGAAGAAGCGUUUCAGAGGCAAGGGGGGAGGAGAUGA